ACAGCUGAACAUAACCUCCCUUAAAAUUGUCGAAUUUACGUGAAAUGAGUAAGAUGUGUUUCUAAAUUAUUGCGUGAUUUAAUGUCAACGGUUCAUAAUUCUCUUCGAAAAAUUGUAAAUCGUGCAAGUGUUAAUACUCGAUUCAGUAGUGGGUGUUUGUAAUCUUCUUUUUCGGUCGAAUUAUAGUUCUUUUAUGUGAUAACCUACGCAAAAUGUUAUUCAUGUACUCUAGUGUGUCAACAAGUCCCAAUACGUUGCUUAUGCUUUUAAUAGCAUAAGUCUGAAUUGCAAUUUCAUGUAGAAGAUUGCAGAUACGGUACGUGAUGCCCUCGGCGCGGCUCACCCUCCGCGAGGAGGACGUCGUCAGGCUCACCCUCGAGUUCCUUCACAAUCGGGAACUUCACAUCUCUCAGCUGAGCCUCGAACGAGAAACUGGAGUCAUUAACGGCUGCUACUCAGACGAUCUCCUCUUCCUGCGACAACUUAUCCUGGACGGACAAUGGGACGACGUGCUCGAGUUCAUUCAACCCUUAGAGGCUCUACCCACUUUUAAUAUGCGAAAGUUCACGUACACCAUCCUCAGGCAUAAAUACAUUGAGUUGCUGUGUAUUAAGUCGGAAGCUAAUGUGCAAGGGAGCAGUGUCGAUAAUGCAGUCGAGGAGGUCGUCAAGGUGUUGAACGAACUCGAAAAGUUCGCGCCCUCGAAAGAGGAGUAUUCCGGUUUGUGCCUGCUGUUGACUCUGCCGCGACUUACCGACCAUUUGCAAUACAAGGACUGGAAUCCGUCGAACGCGCGUGUUCAGUGUUUUCGCGAAGUGUACCCUCUAGUGGUCGAAUUUUUACCGGGCGACAAAAAGAACUUGAACGGUCUAGCGUGCGCGAAAAACGACAGACUCAUCCAGCUCAUAAUCAAGGGCGUUUUGUACGAAUCGUGCGUGAACUAUUGCCAAGCGAAAGCUACGGGUUCGAAAGAAUCUCAAACGCAAGAGAUGAGUUUUGCGAAACUGCUCGACGGUACGGUCGGAUUCAGCGAUUCGGAUCUAAGUCUUCUGUCGUGGCUCCAGAGUAUACCAUCGGAAACGUUUUCGGUUCCUUUCGAACAACGGACUCUCAAUGUUGACGUAGAGCGUUUAGACAGGCCAUCUUUAGAAACGUCGUGGACGGAACACAUGCUUAUUACGCCGAUCAAACCAAAGACCUUUCCCCAUUCGGCUAUGCCCUUCACUAGGCCCAGAUCGGCUGCUGAUAUUAUGACGCGUUCCUUAAUGCCUGCUCUGGACAGCUACGCGACCAAUCCCGGAAACCCCGGUCCCGUGAGCAACCAAAGAAAUAUGGCUCAUAGUAUGAGCGACGUGAAUUCGAACAGUCCCAUGUCCCGGUCCAGUUUUGCCAGUUUCCAUCUGACCGGGAUGAAAAAUACCAAACAGAUGAAUUCGUCAGUUGAUAGGCUGUUCGAAAAUGACGGGGACGUUUUUUUGAGUAACAGUUAUGCCGAUUUUCAAUUGCUUCCUGCGAUCCAGGAACAAACGAGUACACCGACAGUGAACUCGAGCUCAAAUGUCACAGUCCAAAACCAGAAUUGCAAAAGUCCUGAGAGGAAGUUGUCCGCGGCUUCCACUCCCGAGCACAAAGGUCGGGAUUCUCCUGCGUCCCUUGGAACCGCAAGAUCUUCCCGACGGGAUUCGUUGAACGAAAAGCCGAUGAAUAGUUCAACAAAUCCACCUGUAAAUACUCAAAACGCCUCCGCUGCACCAUGUGCCGAGCCUUUGCUGGAGCAGAGUUUUCAAGGAGACCUGCUCAAAGAGUUUCAGAAGCAAAAACAGAAACUUCAAGAGACAUUAGCGAUAAGGGAGAAAGAAAGGGAAGAAUUAAUGAACCAGCUGCAUUCGACUGGAGUCAAAAGCACCAGGGACGAAAGAUCUGGAAAAAAUGAAACGAGUAGAAGGAAAAUGAAAUUUUUUGCGUUAACUGAAAACAAAGAAGAACAGACAACAGAUGUCGCGCAAUACGCAAAUAAGACUGUCGUUAAUGGGUCAAAUUUAUCUUCACCCGCAUCAAAACCUGUGAUUAAUUCUCCAAAACCACCCAACAUGAAUGGAAAUGUAGACCACUACAGACCAAUUACAAAGCCUGUUGAAGUUACAUCAAUUCAUAAAGAAGUGGUUUAUGACACCGUGAAGCCUGUUUCUAAGCCAGUAAGUGUAGACAACAGCAGCGAUAGCAAUGGUUCAAGACCAAGAUUUGUGGCCGUUACCACUCUGGAAGACGUCCAGGCAGUCAGAUGUGCAGAAUUUCACCCAGGAGGUCAACUUUACGCAGUCGGUUCAAACUCCAAAACACUCAGGAUCUGCGCAUACCCCAAACUCAACGAUCUCAGGGAAGAUCACCAGACGUAUCAGCCAAUGGUACUCUUCAAACGAACCAAACACCACAAGGGGUCGAUAUAUUGUCUGGCCUGGUCGCCAAUGGGUGACCUUAUGGCAACGGGCUCCAACGAUAAAACAGUAAAACUAAUGCGUUUUAAUUCUGACACUUCCAAUUUGGAAGGCGAAGAAAUCGAACUGUCUAUGCAUGACGGUACAGUCAGGGAUCUUUGCUUCCUUGAGGACACUUCGAACAAAUCCAGCCUUCUUAUCAGCGGUGGUGCUGGAGAUUGUAAAAUAUACGUGACCGAUUGUUCGACUGGUACCCCGUUCCAGGCCCUCAGCGGUCACACAGGUCACAUUCUUUCGCUUUACACAUGGGGUGGUGCAAUGUUUGUCAGUGGUUCUCAUGAUAAAACUGUAAGAUUUUGGGAUUUGAGGACCAGGGGAUGCGUCAACCUUGUCACGCCCGUUACGGUCCCUGGAACUCGACAAGGAUCUCCCGUUGCUAGUCUCUGCGUCGAUCCUUCGGGAAGAUUACUCGUUUCAGGUCAUGAAGACAGUUCUUGUGUCUUGUACGACAUCAGGGGAGGAAGAAAUGUACAGACGUUUAAACCCCAUUCGGCAGAUGUUAGAUCCAUCAGGUUUUCUCCUUCUGCAUACUAUCUUCUGACCGGAGGUUAUGACAACAAACUUGUUUUGACGGACUUGCAAGGUGACUUGACUUUACCUCUACCAAGCGUGGUAGUAGCUCAACACCAGGACAAAGUUAUUUCAGGCCGCUGGCACCCUACGGAGUUCUCAUUCCUGUCAGCGUCAGCCGAUAAAACUGCUACCCUUUGGGCUUUGCCCCCCGUAUAAUAUUAUUGCCGCCUCCCCCUACCCCGCCGCGAUACUUGUAAUAAGUCUGAACUAAUAUUUAUUAAAUUGAUUUAUUUUAUUUACUAAUCCGAUUGCACAAAUUCCAAUUAAUAAGAAGAUGAGUAAAACAAGCAAAUCAAUCGGCAGAUGGAUUAUAAAUGAAAAAUAAUAUUAAAUAAUUAAAAAAGUAAUUAUAAUAAAUGAAUAACGAUAAUUUGUACGCAUGCUUGGUAAGAUGUUGCUUACCUUGUUGUUAAUAGAUAAAGAAAUAAGAAUUGUCUGUCGUAUGUUUGUCUUGUAUCUGCUGCGAGAUAAAGGUAAGCCACUAUAUUUUUUUAUUGCAAAAUGUUGAUCAUUUUAAAUUGUUACACUUUUCUAUAUACUUACUAUUUAUUUGUUGCAUGUUAUUUACAAAAGUAAACAAGUUAAAUUAAUAAAUAACGUUCGCAACAUAGCUAACAAAUAUAAUGCGGAAUCUUCCCCGUUUGAUGGUAAUAUAUACAUUUAAUCAAUGUAUUUUAUCGGCUUAUUUGUCUAAUAUUAUGUAGUUAUACAUCAGCACUUGUUGUUUUAGUAUUUAUUAGUAUAAUUAAGAUUGUAUCAAGAAGAAAAUAAACUUUUACUCAUGCCACUAAAAUUUCCUUUUUU